GGGCGCGGGAAAGCAGGCCAGGCCCCCAACCGCCCCCUGGGCAGCGUCCGAGGGGUCCCCAUGUCGCCGCCCGAGCGCCGCGCCCGCCUGUCCCCCAGGGCCGCCCAGCUGCCGCCCGAGACCCGUGAGGAGCUGCGGCGCCAUCUGCGCGGCCUCAUCGAGAACAACCGGGUGAUGAUCUUCAGCAAGAGCUACUGUCCCCACAGCACGCGGGUGAAAGAACUCUUUUCUUCUUUGGGAGUUGACUAUAAUAUCUUGGAACUUGAUCAAGUCGAUGCUGGGGCCAGCAUGCAGGAAAUGCUGUUUGAGAUGACUAACCAGAGAACCGUGCCCAGUAUUUUUGUGAAUAAAGUACACAUGGGUGGAUCUGACCGAAUUUUCCAGGCGCAUCAGAGCGGCUUGCUUCAGAAGCUCCUCCAGGAGGACUCGACCUAUGAUUACGAUCUCAUCGUCAUCGGGGGUGGCUCUGGCGGCCUCUCCUGCGCAAAGGAGGCCGCCACCUUGGGAAAGAAAGUCAUGGUGCUGGACUUCGUGGUCCCGUCGCCGAGGGGCACGACCUGGGGCCUUGGCGGUACCUGCGUGAACGUGGGCUGCAUCCCUAAGAAGCUGAUGCAUCAGGCUGCCCUCCUGGGGCAGGCCUUGCUCGACUCCCGGAAGUUUGGCUGGGAGUACAGUCAGCAAGUGAAGCACAACUGGGAGUCCAUGACAGAAGCGAUUCAGAACCACAUCGGCUCUCUGAACUGGGGCUACAGGGUGUCCUUGCGAGAGAAAGGGGUGGCCUAUGUCAAUUCCUACGGAGAAUUCAUGGGGCAGCAUAAAAUAAAGGCCACCACUAGAAAAGGACAGGAAACUUUUUACACUGCUGCAAAAUUUGUCAUAGCAACAGGUGAAAGGCCACGGUACUUAGGAAUCCAAGGAGAUAAAGAAUACUGUAUUACCAGCGACGAUCUUUUUUCCCUGCCGUACUGCCCCGGGAAAACAUUAGUAGUGGGUGCAUCUUACGUGGCUCUGGAAUGCGCAGGGUUUCUUGCGGGCUUUGGCUUAGAUGUCACAGUGAUGGUGCGCUCUGUCCUCCUUCGCGGCUUCGAUCAAGAGAUGGCAGAGAAAGUGGGUUCCUACAUGGAACAGCACGGCGUCAAGUUCUUAAGAAAAUUUGUGCCUGUGACGAUUCAGCAGUUGGAAAAAGGUUCGCCCGGGAAGCUGAAAGUAUCAGCUAAAUCCACGGAGGGAGCAGAAACAAUUGAAGAUGUUUACAACACAGUUUUGUUAGCAAUUGGUCGAGACUCCUGUACAAAGAAAUUAGGCUUGGAGAAGAUUGGUGUCAGCGUCAAUGAGAGGAGUGGCAAAAUACCAGUCAAUGAUGCGGAGCAGACCAAUGUCCCCCACAUCUAUGCUAUUGGGGACAUUUUGGAGGGGAAGCCAGAGCUCACUCCUGUCGCCAUACAGGCAGGCAAGCUGCUAGCUCGCCGACUCUUUGGGGCCUCUGUAGAGAAGUGUGAUUAUAUUAAUGUUCCAACCACGGUGUUUACCCCUCUGGAAUAUGGUUGCUGCGGAUUAUCUGAAGAGAAAGCUAUUGAAGUCUAUAAAAAAGAGAAUCUGGAAGUGUUCCAUACCUUGUUCUGGCCGCUGGAGUGGACGGUGGCCGGCAGAGACAACAACACUUGCUAUGCGAAGAUCAUCUGCAACAAGCUUGACAAUGAUCGUGUGGUAGGAUUUCAUGUUCUUGGACCGAACGCUGGCGAGAUCACCCAAGGGUUUGCGGCCGCAAUGAAAUGCGGACUAACGAAACAGCUGCUCGAUCACACUGUUGGGAUCCACCCCACAUGCGGAGAGGUGUUCACAACCCUGGACAUCACCAAGUCGUCGGGACGGGACAUCACCCAGAAGGGCUGCUGAGGCUAGUGUGCUGCUGCUGUGCUCCUUGGCCACUUCUCAUUGCUUCUAGAGACACCCGCUCCGUCCACGGGGCGGAGAUGAGGAGGUGACAGGGACACAGCAGCAGCAGGCAGCUGCAGGGACUCUGGCUGACACGCAGCAGGCAGACUGCGUCUUUGACGCCCUGGCUCGGAACCCUGUGGGGGAGCCUGGGCUGACUCCAGCGCAUCAGACCGAGCUUCCCUCCAAGACCCCGAAUGGCACCGGUAGCCCAAAUGACCCUUCCUGGUGCCUGGUGUUUUUAUCCCCACGCUUUGUUUUGUAUGAGGGUAUUUUUCUGUGAAGCUGGCUAUGAGGUUGAUUUCCAGCACGGGCCUGGCGCACACACCCUUAGGGCAGAGGUGCUGGGCCGGAACCCAGGUGGCUGUGAGCACUGGGUGCGGAGUCCGUCAGCAGGAGGCUGCGCCUGUGCGUGGGUUUCAGCCACCUGCUCUGCGUCUGAGGCGCAUCUUCACCUUGUGCCGAAAUCCUGGCUCAGACGUUGGCAUCCCCUGGAAGUAACCUUGGAAUGGCUCCCCUCACACAACUCCGGGCUGGAACAUCUCACGGAAGAGAAAAUACUCGAGCCCUCCUUCAUGUUGUUCUUAAAAAUAGUAUACAAAGUUUUCACAAUUGUUUAUGUGAAAUAUAAUUUCAAACUGUUGGAAGUGA